UACACACCUUUUCGUUUCAGGAAGAGAGGAGGUUACCUGGGUAUUGCAUUUCUGGAGUGCACAGGUCUUCGUCGCUGGUUAGUAUACCUGAGCUCAGGUAAAACACGCAUGUUUUGGACUUUACAUUUUUAGACGCGGCACGAAACAGUCGCUGGAACCUGCAGUUGUGCCGUUGUCCUCUGGCUAUUUAAAUGAGUUUUGCAGCUUUGAGACGCACUUUGAAGAGGAAUGCCAGCAAAAGGUCUCCAGCCCCUGAUGGCAACAAUCCUGACACUGGAUCCCCCCAUAUCAUGUCACAGAAGUCGGACCUGUCAGUUGCACUGGAAGACUGUAUGGGUGCUCUGGACCUUUUCCUAAGAAACGACUUUGAGGAGGCAUUAACUCGGCUUCAGUCCAAAACCAAAGAAAGCAUGUACCAUUCCCUCACAUAUGCCACAAUAUUACAGAUGCAGGCAAUGAUGACUUUUGAUCCUCAGAACAUACUAGAAGCAGGAAACACCAUGAAAGAUGCCCAGGCAGUGUGCCAAAGAUUCCGCAAAAAACCUUCCUUCAACAGCCUCAUGAACAAGCAGUUCACCGAAGAGGAGAUCCAUGCAGAGCUGUGCUAUGCAGAGUGUCUCCUGCAGAGAGCAGCACUCACUUUCCUCCAGGAUGAAAACAUGAUCAGUUUCAUCAAAGGGGGAAUCAAAGUGAGGAGCAGUUACCAGACCUAUAAGGAACUUCACACCAUUUUACAGUCAUCUAACUACACUCAGGGGGAGAAUCACAGUCACUUUGAAGCUGGUGCCAAACUUGGGGUUGGAGCCUUUAAUCUGACUCUCUCCAUGCUACCCACAAGAAUACUAAGGCUGCUAGAAUUUGUGGGAUUUUCUGGCAACAAGGAGCAUGGGUUACAGCAGCUCCAGGAGGGAGCCUCAACUAACACCUUUAGGGCCUUUUUGUGCACUAUGCUGCUGCUCUGCUACCACACCUUCAUGAGCUUCAUUCUUGGGACAGGGGACGGAGAUGUAGAGGAUGCAGAAAAGCUUUUGCAACCAUACCUCAGGCAGUAUCCUAAGGGAGCUAUCUUCCUGUUUUUUGCUGGACGAAUUGAAGAGUUAAAAGGAAACUUGGACACUGCUAUAAAACGGUUUGAGGAAUGCUGCGAAGCCCAGCAGCUUUGGAAGCAGUUUCACCACAUGUGUUACUGGGAGCUGAUGUGGUGCUUCACCUACAAGAAGCAGUGGAAGAUGGCCUACUUCUAUGCAGACCUGCUGAGCAAAGAGAGUGCCUGGUCCAAAGCCACAUAUGCUUACAUGAAGGGUGCGUACCUCAGCAUGCUGAGCAAAGAGGAGUGCAAACCUUUUGGUGAGAGUGAGGUGGAGCUUUUCAGACAGGUCCCAGGACUGAAACAGAAAAUAGCAGGGAAAUCUUUACCCACUGAGAAAUUUGCAAUCCGUAAAGCCAGACGGUACCUCGCUGAGAACCACACUCCUCUGCCUGCCCCUCCCUUGGAAAUGAUGUACAUCUGGAAUGGGUUCACAGUGAUUGGAAAGCACCGAGACCUGACAGAAGGGAUGUUAAAGACUCUGGACGAAGCACAGAAGAAGAUGGAACCUAACUCAACAUCAGAUUACACAAUAGAUGACCAGUGUCUGAUGAGCCUUCUGAAAGGCCUUUGUCUGAAGCACCUUGGGUACCAUGAGGAAGCAGAACAUUACUUUACCCUUGUCCUCUGCAAUGAAACACAAAUCAGAUAUGACCACUAUUUAGUGCCAAAUGCCCUGCUGGAACACGGGCUUUUGUGCAUGGAGCUGGGGAGGAAGGAAGAGGGGAUCAAACUCCUGGAAACAGCAAAGCAGAAUUACAAGAAUUACUCAAUGGAGUCCAGGACGCAUUUCCGAAUCCAGGCUGCACUACAGAAGGCGAGGUUGACAGUGGAAAACGGAGUCCAUUCUGUGCCUUGCACUCCAUAGCUACAGGAAUGAAGUAGGGCCGGGGUCUGCCUGCCCUAAGGAUAGAGUCCGGAGCAUUUGGGUGUCAUCAAAGGAGCAGGAACGAAAAAAGCACCUUUUAGACCAGGAAGGUCUAGGAUCCAUCAUCACCAGUUUUGAGAGUACUCCUGCUGAAGGCCUGUCUGGGUUAAUUCCCAUUGGUUUGCUUCAACUCUGCAGAGUUAACGGCAGAAAAAACACUGCACAACCUCUGAAAAUAUCACACUAC